GUGACAAACAUGGACGUGUGAAAGAGGCUCAGACGAGUUGGAGAGUAAAAAUAACGCGUUCAUCUUCAUAACGUGUUGCGAUUGAACACGGGAUCAUUUGAUCACGUUUAAUAAUAUUUCUGAUGAACAUUACUGAAGGAAAGUAUCUGCUGUGGAUGAGAAUCCGGAGUGUUAAAACUGGAUUAUUAAACUGAAAGUGAAACUGUAAAGGACAGAUCUGUGAAAUGGCGUCUAAACUUUCUGAGGAGGAUUUCUCUUGUCCUGUGUGCUGUGACAUUUUUGAAAAUCCUGUUGUCCUGUCCUGUAAUCACAAUGUGUGUAAAAAGUGUAUUCAGAAGUUUUGGGAAAGUAAAGAAUCUAAAGAAUGUCCAGUUUGCAGAAGAAGAUCGUCAAUGGAUUUACUUCCACCAAAUUUAGCUUUGAAGAGGUUGUGUGAGAGUUUCAGGACAGACAAAACUCACAAAGCUGUGAUCGAUAAUAAGAUGGCUACAUCAGAAGAUUACCCUAUCAUAACUCCGAAGGAUCUGGAAAAACUAAAAGUUUCAAUAUCUACUCAGGAUCUGCCAUCAGCUUUUGAAACCAUGAUGCAUUUCCUCGACCAGCAAGAUCGUGUUGAACUUAAUAUUGCAGUGACGGGGGAAUCUGGUUCUGGAAAGUCCACAUUUAUCAAUGCUUUUAGGGGUUUGGGAGGUAAAGACGAGGAUUCAGCUAAAACUGGUGUAGUGGAGACCACUAAAGAACCCAAAGCUUACAAACACCCAAAAUAUAAAAAUGUGAAAUUCUGGGAUCUUCCUGGAAUCGGAACACUAAAGUUCAAAGCUCAAGAGUAUCUUAAACACGUUCAGUUUGAGCGCUAUGAUUUUUUCAUCAUCAUCGCUUCAGAUCGUUUCAGAAAAUGUCACGCUGACUUGGCCAAAGAGAUCAAGAGAAUGAAGAAGAAUUUCUAUUUUGUUCGUUCCAAGAUUGACUCCAGUAUUGUUGGGGCAAAGCGAAGAAAAAACUUUGAUGAGAAAAAGACACUGGACAUCAUACGAGAGGACUGUGUUAACGGUCUGAGAGAGAUCGGUGUAGAGGAUCCUGUUGUGUUCUUGAUUUCUAGUUGGCAUCUCAACAACUAUGAUUUUAAUUCACUGCAGGAGAGGAUGGCAACUGAACUCCCACAACACAAGAGACAUGUGCUGACGUUGCCUGUACUGAAUAUAGCCAUGGAGAUUAUUGAGAGAAAGAAGAAAUCUCUAGAGAAAGACAUUUCAAGAGUAGCUUUAUUAUCUGCUGGUGCAGCUGCAGUUCCUGUUCCUGGUCUUUCAGUCGCUGUAGAUAUAGUUCUGAUAGUAAAUGAGAUACAAAAGUACAAGACUGCAUUUGGUCUGGAUAAAGAAUCUCUGAAGAGGAUCAGUGUAAGAUCUGGGAAGAGUAUUGAGUUUCUUACAAGUGUGAUGAAAUCAAUUGUGUGUCAAGGAAUAACUACUGCUUCAAUUAUUCUUCUGCUGAGACAAAGCUCUCUUUAUGUAGCAGAAGAAGCUGUUGAGAGUGUUCUUAGUUUUAUACCCAUUAUAGGAUCUGUUUUGGCUGCAGGAUUGUCUUUUGUGGCAGUUUCAUACAUGCUGAAGAAAAUUCUGAAUGAAAUAGCAGAAGAUGGCAGGAAUGUGCUUCUGGCAUCACAAAAUAAUCCCAUGUAAUUAAAUCAGACAGAUUUUAGGCUCCAGUAGCUUCAUUUCUACCAGCGUUCAUGACUGUUCUAUUGUUCUACACUAUUUGGGGGUACUUACAUUUUUUUUGAUAACUUUUAAUAUAUAUUAUAUUUGUAAUAAUCGAUAUGACUCUAAUUUCGAUAAUAAAUAUAGUAGAUAAUGAUAGUAAAAAAUCAAUAUACUGUAACAUCAGUAAAAUAAACUCACAAUAAUAAAAUGGAGUGGUGGUGGUGUAGUGGGCUAAAGCACAAAUGGUAAUCAGAAGGUUGCUGGUUUGAUCCCCACAGACACCACCAUUGUGUCCUUGAAUAAAGGUGCAUACACACUGCCAGCGAUAUCGCGCGCGACAGCGACUCCAUCCCAUUAAUUUUCAAUGCGAGCACAGCGACUUCCGGCGACACGAGCUGUCGCGACCGUUGGCGCUAGAUGUGGGCGUGUCCAGCGACGCGACAAAGUUGAGAAAAGUUCAACUUUGGAGCGACUAACGGAAGCGACAGCCAAUAGGAGAGACGACGGGAGAGCUCACAUGAUCCUUCUCUCUCUCUCUCUCUCUCUCUCUCUCAGCUCCUGCAGUAACGGAAAGAUGGAUGAAAGGCUAAUUCUUGCUGUUAGAAAUGUUCCAGUGCUCUAUGAUAUGUCUCUUCCCACGUACAAGGACAUUUUUAAGAAAAAUACUGCGUGGAAAGGUGUAUCUGAGAUCGCGGGGAUUUUGUGGACCCAGACAGACCGGCGUUUGCGUUUUCGCCGCAGAUAAACCGCCGCUAUGGCAAACAGCACGCCUUGUUUCUCAUUCAUCUUUGAUAUAAAGCAUUUUAUGUACUGAUUCCAUUUAUAUUUAGUCUUUUCCCUCCAAAAUGUUUGUUUUUAGUGGCAAGAAAAGAGAUUAGCUGUCAACAGCAAUGGAAUGACAUCCGUGAAUGUCAUUUAUAAACGUUACUAGGCAACCAGUAGUGGGAACGCCCACUAGCGACUUCACCACCAGCCACUGGCGACCUGCAGCGACAAAGUCUCUGGCAGUGUGUACGCAGCUUUAGACACUUAACUCCAGGUUGCUCCGGGGGGAUUGUCCCUGUAAUACGUGCAUACGUGCUUUGGAUAAAAGUGUCUGCCAAAUGCAUAAAUGUAAAUAAAAUAAGAGUAUAACUCGAAUAAGUAUAAAUAUUUUAAUGGUUAUUUUUUAAACUUGUUAAAAAUUGUGUAACUGCUUGUAUUCACAGAACUGUGUUGAUUUAUGUGUACAUGAUCAUAUACUCCACUGAUUAUAGAGGAAUAAUUCAAGUUAUCCAGUGAAACUAGUUUAUAAAUGGGAUAGUUAUCUGUUCAUAUAAAUGUUGGGCUUGAUUAUCAGAUGUUUCUUUAUUUGUCUUUCUAUUGUGUAUUUUAUUAACUGAGAAAACAAGUUAUAAUAAAGAAUAAAGUUCAAUAAAUGAU